ACAGUUUGUCAUGGCGUACGUGGCUCCUUGGCAGAUGGCUUGGGGCUCAUCGUUCCACGUGUUUGCUCAGCUCUUUGCAGUCCCUCACUCGGCCUUGCUCUUCUUCCAGACGUUGGCCACGUCUGUCUUCUCCACCCCGCUGAGCCCGUUCCUCGGGAGCGUCCUCUUCAUCACGUCGUACGUCCGGCCGGUGAAGUUCUGGGAGAAGAACUACAACACCAGGCGCGUGGAUAACUCCAACACCAGGCUGGCCGCCCAGAUGGAGAGGGACCCAGCGAGCGAUGACAACAACCUCAACUCCAUCUUCUACGAGCACCUGACGCGGUCCCUCCAGGAGUCCCUCUGCGGAGACCUGGUCCUCGGGCGCUGGGGGAACUACAGCUCCGGCGACUGCUUUAUCCUGGCCUCCGACUACCUCAACGCUUUCGUCCACCUGAUCGAGGUCGGAAACGGCCUCGUCACCUUCCAGCUCCGCGGGCUGGAAUUCCGAGGUGAGGAUCGCCUGGGUGUGGAGGUUGCUGGGAGUCAGUGACUUGAGUUAUCAUCACAUAAAACUUAGGAAGUCCCCUCUAACGAGGAAGGACUGCACCC